GGACAAAAUGAAGUACCUGAGAAGACCGCCGCCGCUCCAUCAGACGUUAGACGUGUUAAGAAGAAAAAAAGCAGAAGCAAAUUAUUCAGUAAAUCAAGGGCCGAUACGCCAGUGAAAACCGCCCUAGAAAGGAGCGAGGCAAAUAAAAAAAGUAGAUCAUCGAGACCUCAAAAGACCGGAGAAGAAAAAAGUCUCAUGAAGACCCGUACUGAAGAAAGGAGUGUAAUGAAGACCCGAACGGUAGAGGAAAAACGGCAGCCACCACCUCAAUUCAAGUUGCCGUCGAAUAUGGAACCGGUAGAACCGACCUCCAAGCUAAAAACAAUAGCUGUUUUGAGCGCUGAAAAGGCUGAGAGUUUCCAUGCGAAAGUCAAACCUGAGACAAAAAACAAGUUGUUCAACCUACUCAGCCAAAAAUUGGUGGCGCCACAGGCCAGAGCAAGGUAA